AUGCCCGGGAUUUCGCAGACAUCCGAGUUCAGUCAUAUCACCCUCACCGAGUUGCACCCCACGCUCGGAGCAGAACUCAGUGGAGUAUACUUCUCCCAGCCAGUUGCAGAGGAUCUUUUUCAAGAGAUCUUGGCUGCGAUCACCAAGUAUGGCGUCUGCGUGUUUCGCAACACAGGCCUCAACUAUGCCCGCCACGUCGCAUUCGCCGCCCAGUUCGGUGAGCUGGACGAUGUGAUGCCCUACCUCGCUGGAGGACGACCUCGCCGACUCUCUCACGUCCGGCUCUUCGACGUGGGCAACAUCGAUCUGGACGGUGGCGUGUUUGCGCUGGGCAAUGUGCGACGCGAGUGGAAGAGGGGCAACAGUCUCUUCCACGUGGACUCGAGCUUCAAUCCGCGUCGCGCCGGGUACUCCUUACUCCGCGCUGCUGAGCUGCCACCCACCGGAAUGGGCGGAGAAACCGAAUUCGCCGACUCGCGGACGGCCGUCAAUGAGUCGACCUCGUACAUGCAGGAUCACCUGCACACAAAUGACUUCAUUGCCGCCCACUCACUGUGGCAUUCGCGCAAGGUCGCUAGUCCCUCCACGUUCGCGGACGUUGACCCGGAGGAUUACCCUAUGAGCCGGCACCGUCUGUUGCAAACGCAUGAGGCAUCUGGUCGAGAGACGUUAUCCGGAAGCCUCCGCGGCGAUGUUCAUCGAUUGUUUUCCAAUGCGACGCAGCCUCGCUAUGCGCUCCGGGUCGGAUGGGAGAAUACCGGCGACCUAAUGCUCUGGGAUAACACUAGCGUCAUGCACCAGGCGGUCGGAGGCACGUUCGAGGGCCAGUAUCGUAGAGACAUGCGGCGUGGAGACUGA